AUGGGUCAAACUUGUGGUGGUGUUGCACAAGGACUAAAUGGAACGAUAGAGAGUCCUGGCUUUCCCCACGGCUACCCAAACUAUGCCAACUGUACCUGGAUCAUCAUCACAGGAGAACGAAACAGGAUACAGUUGUCAUUUCACACCUUUGCUCUUGAAGAGGACUGUGACAUCGUCUCUAUUUAUGACGGACAACCACAGCCAGGAAACCUGAAAAUGAGGUUAUCUGGCUUCAUGUUGCCAUCACCUAUUGUGAGCACAGGGUCAAUAAUGGCCCUUUGGUUCACAACAGAUUUUGCUGUGAGUGCACAAGGAUUUAAAGCAAUUUAUGAAGUGCUACCAAGUCACACAUGCGGAAAUCCAGGGUUGAUACCAAAAGGAGUAAUUCACGGAACAAGGUACAACAUUGGAGACAAGAUCCGUUACAGUUGUCUCAUGGGAUAUAUACUGGAGGGACAUGCUGCACUCACUUGUAUUGUGAGUCCAGGUACCGGUGCAUCGUGGGACUUUCCUGCACCAUUUUGUCGAGCUGAAGGAGCUUGUGGUGGGACAUUGAGGGGAACAACAGGGACGAUAUCAAGUCCACACUUCCCCUCAGAGUAUGAGAAUAACGCAGACUGCACAUGGAGUAUUCUGGCUGAACCAGGGGACACCAUCGCCCUAGUCUUCAGCGAUUUCCAGCUGGAAGACAGAUACGACUUCCUGGAGAUAAGUGGGACUGAGGCACCAUCAAUAUGGCUGACCGGUAUGAAUCUACCUUCCCCCGUCAUCAGCAGCAAGAACUGGCUACGGCUACAUUUCACAUCUGACAGCAACCAUCGACGGAAAGGAUUUAGUGCCCAGUACCAAGUGAAAAAGGCCAUUGAGCUGAAGUCAAGAGGGGUGAAAAUGCUUCCAAGCAAAGACACAAACCACAAAAAUGCUGUUUUGAGCCAAGGGGGCAUGGCAGCAGACAUUUGUCCAGAUCCUGGGAUUCCAGAGAAUGGGAAGAGGAUGGGCUCAGACUUUCAGGUCGGAGCCAGCAUCCAGUUUUCCUGUGAUGACAGCUAUGUGCUUCAGGGAUCAAAGAGCAUCACUUGCCAGAGAGUGACAGAGACGUUGGCCGCAUGGAGUGACCACAGGCCUAUCUGCCGCACGAGAACAUGUGGUUCUAAUUCAAGAGGACCAAAGGGCUUCAUCACCUCUCCUAAUUACCCUGUUCAGUAUGACAACAAUGCCCACUGUGUUUGGGUCAUAACAGCACUGGACAAUAGGAAGGUUAUCAAGCUUGCCUUUGAGGAGUUUGAUCUUGAGAGAGGAUAUGACACGCUAACAGUGGGGGAUGGAGGGAAGAUUGGCGAUGCCAGGAGAGUGCUCUAUGUGCUGACAGGGUCUAGUGUUCCUGACCUGAUAGUCAGUAUGAGCAACCAGAUGUGGCUCCAUCUCCAGUCUGAUGACACCAUCGGGUCCCAAGGAUUCAAGGCCACAUAUGAAGAAAUCGACAAAGGAGGGUGUGGCGAUCCUGGCAUUCCGACCUACGGCAGAAGAACAGGGGAGCGUUUUUUACACGGCGACAUGCUGACUUUCGAGUGUCAGGCGGCCUUCGAGUUGGUCGGCGAGAGAACGAUAUCAUGCCAGCAAAACAACCAGUGGUCUGGAAACAAACCCAGCUGCGUGUUCUCCUGCUUCUUCAAUUUCACAACCCCAUCAGGAAUAAUCCUCUCCCCAAACUACCCCGAGGAGUAUGGGAACAACAUGAACUGUGUGUGGCUCAUUAUCGCAGAGUCAGGGAGCAGGAUUCAUCUAAUUUUCAGCGACUUUGAGGUAGAGCCCCAGUUUGACUACCUCAUUGUGAAAGAUGACGGGAUGUCGGAGCCCACCACGUUCGGCACGUUCUCUGGGAAGGACGUACCCUCUCAGAUCGCCAGCAAUGGACACAUCAUGCGCCUGGAGUUCCAGUCCGACCACUCCAACACUGGGAAAGGAUUUAACAUCACUUACACAACGUUUGGUCAGAAUGAAUGCCACGACCCCGGCAUCCCUGUCAAUGGCCAGCGGUAUGGGGAACACUUCUUGUUGGGGAGCUCCGUUCUUUUCACGUGUGAUGAAGGAUUCAUCAAAACCCAUGGGUCUGAGUCCAUAACCUGCAUCAUUCAGGAUGGAAACGUAGUGUGGAAUGCAGCAGUUCCUCGGUGUGAAGCACCUUGUGGAGGACAUUUAACAGCUCCAACCGGAGUUCUGCUGUCCCCUGGCUGGCCAGGAUACUACAAAGACUCUUUAAACUGUGAAUGGGUCAUUGAAGCCAGCAAAGAUCACGCCAUCAAGAUAUCCUUUGACAGAUUCCAGACCGAAGUUAAUUAUGACACACUGGAGAUUCGGGAUGGCCCCUCCAACUCCUCUCCUUUAAUCGGAGAGUAUCAUGGCACUCAGGCGCCCCAUUUUCUCAUUAGCACCAGCAAUUACAUGUACCUGCUAUUCACCACAGACAACAGUCGCUCCAGUGUGGGCUUCCAGAUCCGCUACGACAGCGUUAUGAUGGAAACAGAUUCCUGCUUAGAUCCCGGGAUCCCAGUCAAUGGAAAGCGGUUUGGGAACAAUUUUGCCAUUGGGACCAGGGUGACAUUCAGCUGUGAUCAAGGCUACACGCUGAGCGACGAGAAACCCAUUGUGUGCGAGAGGAACCAUCAGUGGAACCACGCACUGCCCAGCUGUGAUGCGUUGUGUGGUGGUUAUAUCUUUGGUAAAAAAGGAACCAUACUCUCCCCUGGGUUUCCUGAUUUCUACCCAAACUCCUUGAACUGCACAUGGACAAUAGAGGUGUCUCAUGGCAAAGGAGUGCAGCUGCUCUUCCAUACGUUCCACCUGGAGGACUCCCAUGAUUACCUGCUCAUCACAGAGGAUGGCAUCUUCACGGAACCUGUGGCCCGGCUUACUGGCUCCGUCCUGCCCCCCUCCAUCAAGGCCGGCCUGUUUGGAAACUUUAGCGCCCAGCUCCGCUUUGUCUCCGACUUCUCCAUGUCCUAUGAAGGUUUCAACAUGUCCUUCUCAGAGUACAGCCUAGAGCCUUGUGAAGAUCCAGGAGUGCCAGCCUACAGUCGGCGAGUUGGGUUCCAGUUUGGGGUGGGGGACUCGCUCAUUUUUUCCUGCUUCCCGGGUUAUCGUUUGGAGGGGGACCACAAGAUCACCUGCCUGGGGGGAGGCCGGAGGGUCUGGAGUGGAGCCCUGCCAAGGUGUGUGGCUGAAUGUGGAGCCACUACCGUUGGGAGCGAGGGGGUUCUGCUAUCACCCAAUUACCCAUCCAAUUAUGACAAUAACCAUGAGUGCAUUUACCGCAUUGAGACGGAGGCAGGGAAGGGCAUCUGUGUCACGGCCAUUAACUUCCUGCUCCACGAGGGGGAUUACCUGAAGGUGUAUGACGGGAAGGAUACUUCACAUCGUCUUCUUGGCAAUUUCACCAAAACUGACAUGUACAAUGUCAUCAUCAACAGUACCUCAAAUCACCUCUGGAUUGAGUUCAACAGCAACGGCACUGAAACCAACAAGGGAUUCAGACUGACCUACAGCAGUUUUGACCUUGUCAAGUGUGAAGAACCAGGAACUCCGAUUUACGGAUACAAGAUUCAAGAUGAUGGCCAUUUUGCGAACACUUUUGUGUUGUACAGUUGUAACCCUGGCUAUACUCUCCAUGGAAGCAGCACUCUGACAUGCCUAAGUGGAGACCGUAGGGUUUGGGACAAACCUUUGCCUUCCUGUUUAGCUGAAUGCGGAGGCCACAUCGCAGGUGCAAUAUCUGGACGGAUACUCUCCCCGGGUUACCCUGCACCCUACGACAACAACCUCCACUGUACCUGGUCCAUCGAAGCGGACACAGGCAAAACCAUUAGCCUCCACUUCAUAGUGUUUGACACGGAAGUGGCCCAUGACAUCCUGAAAGUGUGGGACGGUCCAACAGAGGGGGGUAUCCUCCUGAAGGAAUGGAGUGGGUCAGCUCUGCCCGAGGACACCCACAGCACCUUCAACAUCCUAACACUCCAGUUUGACAGUGAUUACUUCAUCAGCAAGUCAGGCUUCUCCAUUCAGUUCUCAACUACUACUGCCAUGACCUGUAAUGACCCUGGGACACCCCAGAACGGGACGCGUUACGGGGAUAGUCGGGAGCCCGGGGACACCAUCACCUUCCAGUGUGACCCAGGUUACCAGGUCCAGGGCCUGGACAAGAUCACCUGUGUACAGCUCAACAACAGGUUCUACUGGCAGCCAGACCCUCCAACCUGUAUAGCUACCUGCGGCGGCAAUGUGACAGGCCCUGCUGGGGUGAUUCUAUCACCCAACUAUCCACAGCCGUACCCACCAGGAAAGGAAUGUGACUGGAGAAUUAAAGUCAACCCUGACUUUGUUAUAGCCCUAAUUUUCAAAAGUUUCAACAUGGAGCCCAGCUAUGACUUCCUGCACAUCUAUGAGGGGGAUAACUCCAACGGCCCAUUGAUCAGCAGCCUGCAGGGAAAUCAGGCCCCGGAGCGCAUCGAGAGCAGUGGCAACAGCCUCUUCCUCGCUUUCAGGAGUGACGCUUCCCUCGGGAUGUCUGGCUUUGCCAUUGAAUUCAAAGAGAAACCCAGGGAGGCAUGCUUUGACCCUGGAAAUAUCAUGAACGGCAGUCGCGUGGGCAUGGACUACAAACUGGCCUCCACAGUGACCUAUCAAUGUAACUCUGGAUAUACUGUUGUUGGACCAGCCACAAUCACAUGUGUUAUCGGUUCAGAUGGAAAACCUAUAUGGGACAAGGUCCUGCCAUCGUGUAAAGCUCCUUGUGGUGGUCAUUAUGCUGGGUCUGAAGGCGUGGUACUCUCUCCUAACUUCCCCCAGAACUACACCACUGGUCAAACGUGCUCCUACUACAUUACUGUCUCUGGAGAAUUUGUGGUGUUUGGGCAGUUUGCCUACUUUCAGACGGCAAUGAAUGACUCAGUGGAACUAUUUGAUGGGGCCAAUCAGAAUGCCAGGCUGCUAAGCUCCCUCGCUGGGUCUCAUUCUGGAGAGACCUUGCCCCUGGCGACAUCAAACCAAAUUAUGGUGCGAUUUACUGCAAAGAAUGGUCCUUCCGCCAGGGGUUUCCACUUUGUUUACCAAGCUGUUCCUCGCACCAGUGACACGCAGUGCAGCUCUGUCCCAGAGCCACGCUACGGUAGACGGAUUGGGUCCGAGUUCUCCGCUGGUUCCAUUGUUCGCUUUGAGUGCAACCCUGGGUAUCUGCUACAGGGAUCCAAAGCCAUCAAAUGCAAUGUGGUCCCCAAUGCGCUAGCCCAGUGGAAUGAUACUGUGCCCGCUUGUGCUGUUCCAUGCAGCGGUAAUCUGACAGAGAGAAGAGGCACCAUCCUCUCCCCCGGAUUCCCCGAGCCCUAUGGGAACAGCUUGAACUGCGUGUGGAAAAUCAUUGUCACCGAAGGAGCUGGGAUUCAGAUUCAAGUAAUGAGCUUCGCCACUGAGCAUAAUUGGGAUUCCUUAGAAAUCUAUGAUGGAGGGGACAUGACAGCUCCUAAACUUGGAAGCUUUUCAGGUACAACUGCUCCAGCCUUGCUGAACAGUACCUCCAACCAGCUCUACCUUCACUUCCAGAGUGAUAUCAGUGUUGUUGCUGCUGGAUUCCACCUUGAGUACAAAACCGUUGGUCUCACUGCCUGUCCGGAGCCAGUGGUGCCUGCCAAUGGCAUCAAAACAGCGGACAGGUACAUGGUCAAUGAGGUGGUGUCAUUCAGCUGUGAACCAGGAUACAUACUGCAGGGCCACUCUCAUAUAUCCUGUAUGCCAGGGACCGUGCGGCGCUGGAACUACCCUCCCCCUCUCUGCAUUGCAAAGUGCGGUGGAACAGCUGUUGACUUGGCCAAUGUUAUUUUAAGUCCUGGAUUCCCUGGCAACUACCCUGGUAACAUGGAUUGUACAUGGAGGAUUCUAUUACCAGUUGGAUAUGGGGCUCAUAUUCAGUUCCUCAACUUUUCCUCCGAAGACAACCAUGAUUUUUUAGAGGUGCGAAAUGGGCCGCAGCACAGCAGCUCUCUGAUUGGACAGUUUAGCGGAAGUCAGCUGCCGCCCAACCUGCUGAGUACAACACAUGAGACCGUGAUUCACUUCUACAGUGACCACUCUGAAAACAGGCAGGGAUUCAAACUGGCCUACCAAGCAUAUGAAUUGCAGAAUUGCCAAGACCCUACUCCAUUCCCUAACGGAUAUAUUAUUAAUAAUGACUACAAUGCUGGCCAGUCAAUCACUUUUGAGUGCUUUCCUGGAUACGUUCUGAUUGGACAUCCUGUGCUCACAUGCCAACAUGGAAUCAACAGAAAAUGGAAUCAUCCCUUUCCCCAUUGUGAGGCUCCAUGUGGCUACAAUAUGACAGCUCAGAAUGGCACCAUAUUCUCGCCCCAGUACCCAAAUGAGUACCCUAACUCACAGGACUGUACCUGGCUUAUCACCGUGCCACAUGGACAUGGCAUUUACAUCAACUUCACCCUGCUUCAGACGGAGCCUGUCACAGAUUACAUUGCUGUAUGGGAUGGCCCUGAGCAGAGCUACCCACAGCUUGGGAUUUUCAGUGGUAAUACAGCGCUAGAAUCAGCCUACAGUUCUUUCAAUCAGGUCCUUAUCAAGUUUCACAGUGACUUCUCCACAAGUGGAUUCUUUGUCCUCAAUUUCCAUGCCUAUCGUCUGAAGAAAUGCCCACCUCCACCAACAGUGGAAGAAGCUGAAAUAGUAUACGAAGAUCAAGAUUAUGAAAUAGGAGACGUUGUGAAGUAUCGCUGCUUCCCUGGAUUUACCCUGGUAGGCAACAGUGAGCUUACCUGUAAACUUAACUCUCAUCUCCAGUUUGAGAGUCCUCCGCCUACUUGUGAAGCCCAGUGUCCUGCAAAUGAAGAACGCUCCUCCUCAUCAGGAGUUAUCCUUAGUCCAGGUUUCCCUAAAAACUACCCCAACUCUCAGACCUGCUCCUGGGUCAUCAGGGUUCAACCUGCGUACACUAUCUCCAUCUUCGUGGAGAUGUUUCAGAGUGAGAAGCAGUUCGACGAACUUGAGAUCUUUGACGGACCAUCUGGCCAGAGCCCUUUGCUGGUGGCCCUUAGUGGAAAUCACUCCACACAGUUAAACUUUACAAGCAAGACCAACCACCUUUACCUGAGAUGGUCCACUGAUCAUGCAACCAGCAAAAGAGGAUUCAGAAUCCGCUACACAGCUCCUUAUUGUAGCAUUAACGACCCACCUGGAAAUGGAGGAGUGCUUAACCGAACAAGAGAGAUCCCAGGAAGCAAUCUGCACUACUAUUGUUAUGCUGGCUACAGACUAGUGGGGCCCAGAAAUUCCACCUGCCGGUUACAUCCGAAUGGACUGUAUCAUUGGGAUACCCCAGCUCCACUAUGUCAAGCUAUAUCUUGUGGAAUCCCUCAGUCUCCUGCCAAUGGUUCAUUCCAUGGUUUCCAGUACACAGUAGGAAGCAAAGUUAACUACCAGUGCAAUGAAGGGUACAGGAUGGAGACAAGUUUCUCCACGAGCGCCAUCUGUCUGGAGGAGGGGACAUGGAGCAAUGCUGCACACCCACCUCUUUGUUUACCGAUCCACUGCCCUAACAUUGAGAGCGUGCUCUCAGAACACAUGGUGUGGCGGCUGAUCUCAGGGUCGCUGAAUGAAUUUGGAGCUCAGAUAAUGCUGAGCUGCACUCCUGGCUUCUACCUCGGAGGACAGAGGACAAUCAAGUGCUUAGCUAAUGGAACCUGGGCUGGAAUUGAGGAGAAGUCUACCUGCAAGAUUAUCUCGUGUGGGGACCUCCCCUCUCCUCCCUAUGGCAACAAGAUAGGAACCCUGACUACAUUUGGCGCCACAGCGAUCUUCAUGUGUAAUACGGGAUACACACUGGUGGGGUCACAUGUGAGGGAAUGUGGGGUCAACGGGCUCUGGAGCGGAGUGGAAACCAAAUGUCUUGCUGGCCACUGUGACUCCCCUGAUCCAAUCAUCAACGGUCACAUAAGUGGUGGUGGCUCCAGUUAUCGUGACACUGUUGUCUACCAAUGCAACCUUGGCUUUCGCCUUAUUGGAACAUCGGUUCGGAUCUGUCAACAAGACCACAGAUGGUCCGGACAAGCUCCUGUUUGUGUUUCCAUUACCUGUGGUCACCCUGGAAACCCAGCAAAUGGUCGAACUAACGGCAGUGAGUUCAACUUGAACGAUGUGGUCAACUUCACCUGCAGCACAGGAUAUCUGUUGCAUGGUGCCUCAAGAGCUCAGUGCAGGAUGACUGGACAGUGGAGCAACCCUCUUCCAGUCUGUAGAGUGGUAAACUGCUCCGAUCCAGGCUUCGUGGAGAAUGCCAUUCGUCACCCGCAGCAGCGCUUCCCCGAGAGCUUCAACUACAGAACCAGUGUGAUGUAUCACUGCAAGAGGGCCUUCUAUCUGCUCGGCUCAUCACUUCUCACCUGUCAGUCAAACGGCCUCUGGGACAGAUCACUUCCUAAGUGCCUUUCUAUUUCCUGUGGUGAUCCUGGCACACCGCCCCAAGCUAUUAUGUCAGGUAGGAAGUUCACCAACGGCGCCGUGGUCCAUUACACCUGCAGCCACGGCCGAGCACUGAUUGGGAAUGCCACGCGCUACUGUCAGGAGGACGGACGCUGGAGCGGGCCACAACCCUACUGCUCAGGCGGUAGUUCCGGGGAGUGUGGUGACCCUGGAAUCCCACCUCAUGGCUCCAGGUUGGGGGACGAGUUCCAGCUGAAGAGCCUGCUGAGGUUCACCUGUGAAGCCGGCUUCUCCCUGAGUGGCUCGGCUGAGAGGACCUGCCUCCUCAACGGCUCCUGGAGUGGCACCCAACCAGUCUGUGAAGCGAUUUCGUGUGGAAAUCCAGGUACUCCUGCCUAUGGGAAGAUUGUCUUCAGUGAUGGAAUAGUGUUUUCAAGCUCCGUAGCAUAUGCCUGCUGGGAAGGAUAUGAGACCUCAGGUCUCACCACUCGCCACUGCACCACCAAUGGCACCUGGACCGGCUCUGCCCUAGACUGCACAGUGAUCAGCUGUGGAGAUCCAGGUCCUGUUGCCAAUGGGAUUUACAUAGGAAAUGAGUUCACCUUCAACAAGACUGUUCAGUAUCACUGUAACCCAGGCCACGUCAUGGACACUGUCGGUUCAUCUGUGCUCCUCUGCACCAAGAACGGGUCUUGGAACCAAACCAAGCCUUACUGUAAAGUGAUCAUGUGUGGCCGUCCUCCGGCUGUUCACAAUGGGAAGGUUGAGGGGUCAGACUUGCAGUGGGGCUCCAGCAUCACCUAUAGCUGCUUCGAUGGGUACCAGCUAUCCAGCCCUGGAAUCGUUUCAUGUGAGGGGAACGGCACAUGGCGAGGGGAAAUCCCUCAAUGUCUUCCUGUGCUGUGUGGAGACCCAGGCACCCCAGCAGAGGGUUAUACUGAGGGCAAACAGUUCACCUACAGGUCAGAGGUCACCUUCUACUGUAGGGACCCCAACAUCCUGGUCGGCUCAUCCAGGAGAGUGUGUCAGGUUGAUGGGACUUGGAGUGGAAUACAUCCCUCAUGUAUAGAUCCUGCAUAUAACACAUGCAGAGACCCUGGAACGCCAUCUUAUGGGAUACCAGUCACAUCCCAAGGAAUUGAGGUUGGAAGCAAAAUCUCCUUCAAAUGCCGUAAAAACUACCACAUACUGGGAUCUACUACAAGAACCUGUCUGGAAAAUUUGACGUGGAGUGGUGUGCAACCAGAAUGUAUCGCCCAUGCCUGCAGACAGCCCGAGACACUGUCUAACAUUGACGUGAAGGCUAUUGAUCUACCAACUCUGGGCUAUACUUUGAUUUAUACAUGUCAGGACGGAUUCUUCCUGGCCGGGGGAUCUGAGCACAGGACAUGUAAACCUGAUUUUAAGUGGUCCGGAAAGCCACCUGUCUGCAAAGGCGAUGGAUGACGCAAAAGUACCUUAUUUUGUUCUGGUCAUACAGUAUAACAUGAGUCUUUCUUUCCUUCAGUUCCUGUAGAUGUGUUUUCUUUAAACUUUGGCUGGACCGGGUUCUAUGAGUACCUUGGAGCAAGAGAAGUUGCCACUAUUACUGUAAAUGGAUUCAAUGAAACAACAAGUAGAGUCAAUGUCACACUUCUGGAUCAGAGCAGAGUGCAGCUUAAACUUGCUGGAACGUACAAGAAGGAGGAAAACCAUUUGCUGCUGAAGGUUUACCAGAUACGUGGUCCAACAGAGCAUCAUUUCAGUAAAUUCAAGAAUGACAACUGGGCAAUGGAUGGCUACGUGACCGCAGAGUCUGACAAGAAAACCUUUGUUUACCAGGGUCAUAUUCAAAGCAAGGACUUUGGAAGAUUUGUACUAACAAGAGGAGACCUGGAGCCAUCAAAUCCUCCAUACUAUGGCACCAACAGCAGUUCAGUAGCAGCUGCCAUACUAGUGCCAUUCUUUGCCCUUAUUCUGUCAGGGUUUGCAUUUUACCUCUACAAACACAGAACAAGACCAAAAGUUCAAUACAAUGGCUAUACCGGUCAUGAAAACACCAAUGGACAAGCGUCGUUUGAAAACCCUAUGUAUGACACAAACAUGAAACCCACGGAGGCGAAAGCUGUGAGGUUUGAUACAACUCUGAACACAGUCUGCACAGUAGUAUAG